GGGAGCUAUAAACCCAUAGUAAGUUUACAGAAAUGGCAUAGUGACUGUCUCAGUUUUAAUGUUGCUCGGUGACAGCUCGGAAGACACCUGAAAAAUAUUAGCAGUUUCUUGUCCCUUACAUUACAUUAAGAAAAAUGGCCUCUAGACAAUUGCUUAAAAAACUAACGACUAGAAAUUAUUCCACAAACAAAGCUAUAUUUCUUAGCGCAAAGCAGAUUCAGUCACUCGAAGUAGGAUCUGAACGUGAACUAUUAGUAGAGGAAAUCAGCAUUACUUCAGAACAUUAUGUUAGAGGAUCGGAGGAAGCAGCUUUUGGUAGCAAAAGAAUCGGUUGCGUAGAACUUCCUAAACCCUUGAUCAAGGGAAUUCAAGAUCUUGUGGAAGGUCAGGAUAAGCGUUUAAUAAGAACUGAUGCACUUCGAUUGUACGAUGCAUUAAGAUCGACAGCAAGAAUACCCAAGGACAAUGAAGAUUUCGACGGCUCCAGAGCUUCCAAAAAAAUCAGAAAAGCUAGUGCAACAGUAGUUGAGCCUCAUAAAGUGUCAUACGGACCCCGCGAGUCUGUUGCUUAUGCCGCCGGUGUGUUACCUUCGACAUACGCUGCAGUUACCAAUGUUAUGAAGGAAAUUUCCAACAGAAUAUCUGAUUUUAGACCACGAUCCAUGCUUGACUUUGGUACGGGUCCUGGUACAGCAAUUUGGGCCGCAAAAGAGACAUUCAAGCUAGAAAAAUGUGUAGGUGUGGAUCUCUCUGAAGAUAUGUUGAGGGUAGCAGAACAAUUAGAAGAAUCAACAAAGACAGAAACUAGUACACCAGUCGAGUUUAAGCGAUAUCUUGCUUUCGAUCCCAAAGCACAAAAAACCGAUCUUGUCGUCAGCUCAUUCACACUAGGGGAUAUAUCAUCAGCAGCUCUUCAAAAAUCGACAGUUGAGCAACUUUGGGCACAAACAGGAGAUAUUUUGGUUUUAAUCGAUCGAGGCACUCCAAUUGGAUUUUCCAAUAUAGCAAGAGCUAGACAAUGGAUUUUGGAUUUAGAAGGCUCUGAUGCUCACGUUGUUGCACCCUGUUCUCAUGAUAAACCAUGUCCUUUACUAUUCUCCCCAGAGGCCAAACCAGAUGACCUGUGGUGCCAUUACUCACAAAGAGUUCAACGUCCUUCAUUUUUAAUGAAGACAAAACAUUCAAAGUUCAACACUGAAGAUUCGAAAUAUUCAUAUGUAGUUUUAAGAAGAGGACAUAGACCUGCCAAGUCAACAUCUAUAGAAAAUCAGGCAUAUCAUUGGCCAAGACUUAUUCAACCCCCAUUGAAAAAAAAUGGACAUAUUGUUAUGGACACAUGCUCAACUAACGGUGAAAUCCAGCGAAUGGUUAUUCCCAAGUCACAAGGCAAGAUACCCUACAGGGAUGCCAGAAAGGCAAUGUGGGGUGAUUUAUUCCCACAUCCUUCAAAAAACAAGGUUGUGACCCGUAUGUCUGAAGGAGUAUCAAAAGAAUAAUAAGUUUAUAAAUUAUAGAAUUACAGGUUUAAAAAAUACACAUUAAUGAUCAUCAAAU